CAGCUUUACAUUUUCUAAAUAAUCCUAUUGGGCACCCUCUGACUUACAGUGGAGCAAAGCCUGGAGCUGAUGCAGUCUGAGCUAAAGCAUUUCAGAGGCUGCCUCAGAUCCAAAUCCUCCCCUGCGUGCAGAGGGCAAGCCCACACCACGUAUCCUCUACAGCUGUUCCAGCUUCUCAGAACUGUUCUUUUGGUUCCCGUGUUUUGUCAUGCCUGGCAGCAAACCCCAGGUAAUUUUCUCUUCUUCCCCUAGCAACCAUAGCCUCUACGAACAUGGGGGUUCUGCUGCAAGAUGACGUGUUUGUCGACUUUUUCAACACAUUUCUGAACCUUCCCAUUUUUGGCCAGACACCCAUUUACAUCAGCAGCACUGGUCAGUGGGACCUCUGGCCAGAGCUACCGAGCCACCUGGUGAGAAGAUACUCACGGGGCUUACUGGCUUGGUUGGAGAAGCACCGGCUGCCUCACUUCUGCAGAUCCAGCUUGUGCCUCCACUUCGUCCUCUGCCAGAAGCUCCUCAGUUUCGUUCGGUCGGAGGAAGCAGGGGAAGAGCUAACCAAGUUCUGGCUCACGACUGAAAGGAUCCUGGGCCUCGAUAAGUCAGACGCGACACAGAGGAAGCUCUACCUGUCCUUGCUGCACGUGCUGAAGGCCACGCACCUGCGGGAAGGCUCCAGAGUUCUCGCUCUCUGCAGGACACCCAUCGUGCAGGAAAGCACGGACUGGCGCAUGCAGCCCACGAGCACCGGGAGGGAGACCCUGAGCAAGAUGCAGGCGCUGGCCCUGCUUAAGAUUCAGAAUUACUGGCUCCCUAACUUCUUCAUUCACUGCAAGCUGAGCAUGGAGAAGGAGGAAUCCUGCUGGCCUCUUCUGCAGGAGUAUCGGGAGCGAUUGCAGGCCGACUCACAGCAGCCCCCCGGCUCUUUUAAUGAACUCUUUAUAAUGCAUAUUAAAAAAAGCCAGGCUUCAUCGGGGCCCUAUUGCAGCAAGAAGGCCAAAGAGGAGAUCUGGACUCUCAUCAAAGAAGAAAGAGGCACCCAGGAAAUGUUUCUGAGUCGAGAAAUUAGUUUUAAGGAGCAAUCACAAAGAAAGCCAGGGCCAGGCAGGAGCACGUGUAGAUCAGACAUGGAGAAAUCAUACGUGGAGGAAGGUACUCCGGGACUGAUUUCUCAGCAGUCAGAUCGUCCUUCAUACACUGCCAUUGGAGACAACGGAGGAGACACCUCUCCCAAAAGCUUUUGCCCCACCAUAGAGCACUUUCUUCAACUAGAAGAGCUCGGUGAGGAGCAAUUGCUCUCCAACAUGUGUUUCUCUACCCCGGUUGUCCGGCGGCCGUCCCUACUAGCCCUGAAAAGGUCAGGCAAGGCCUCUUCCUCCUUAAGCUUCCUUGCAUGGACGCUGAGUGCUGAGGCUUGUGCAGGACAGCCCUUCAGGGAGUUCCUGAAGCGCAGGGAACGGCCUGUGGAGGUUUGUCUCCUGGACCUGUGGCAUGAUCUCGAGGACUUUCUGUGCGUGGUGCUGGGUUGUAGUAAUGAAGGCAGUUUCUUGCUGCGCCAUUUGAUAGGGGUGAGGAUACGCAAGACUUACCUGGAAAAAGGCUCCAUUCAGCCUCUUCCCCUGGAGAUGAGGACCCUCAGGAACUUGCAGGACCGCCUGCCCUCUGGAGAAGUCACUCCCUGGAUAUUCAAAGCCCAGGAAGAGAUUUGCAAGGUGCUCGAGUUCUUCUAUGACGAAUUUCUGGCUGAAGAUGAUGCGACAUUCCUUCAGUUUAUGUCUCCACAGAGCAGUUUCCUGAUGCGCAAGAUGCAAGAACACGCUGCUGGGAAAGAAGAACGUAUCCUCCUAGUCAAGCGGAUAAAUGAAUCCUUGAAGCUGAGCCAAGCCCUGUAUGGCAUGAGGGACUUGGAAAAUCUCUCCUCUGAGCACUGGCACUUAGUUGCCACUCAGGACCUCCGGAAAGGAGGCUCGAUUCAGGUGGAGUUGGAACCUCCAGUGUGCAGGAUUGACUUCCAGAACAUGACACUUGAUGAGCUGGCUGUUAAGAAUCCCUUGCUGGCUAUGGAUCUGCUAAGCGAGAAUUACAAGCUUUUCUGUCUAAAAUUUCCAUCACGCGCUUUUGACCUCAAGCAUGGAAAGAAGAGGACCCUUCCUGUGAGCAGAACCAAAGUAAAUGCACCAAAGCCCUCUGUUGUCGUAAUAGAGAGGCCAACUGUAAGACCCAGGCACUUCAUGGAGGUACUGCGCAACCCUGCCCAUUUGGAGUUCUUCAGGAGUUUCCUCAAGGAGAACAACACAGAUGGACCGCUGCGCUUUUGGCUGGCUGUGGAAAAGCUGGUCGCAGAGACCAACCCCCGGAAGCAACGCAUCCUCAUUAACAACACUGUCAAACUCUACUUCCAUGCCAAAACCCCAGCGGAGGAGCUGCUGGACUGCUGUGCUUCUAUCAUUGGAGAAGUAAGGGAGGCCAAAGUAGUCAGCUCGGCCAUGCUGAUAACAGCACAGACCUUUGUCCAGAAAGCAAUGGAAGAACGAUGGUUUAUGGACUACCAGGACCUGUUCCCCCCAGAUGGUAGCCACGAGUCUCCUGCUUGUUUGCAGCGUGGGAUGAGGAACUUCAAGAGACACGAACUGAGGAAGGCCUGGGAAGCCAUUCGCAGCUGCGUCAAGAGCAUCUGCAAGUUCCGGAGGGAUAUAAACAACGAAAGAAUCCGUGCCGAGUUUGAGGACUUUCUCCGGAAGGAAGUACGAAAUCGAAAGGAAAAGGACAAGGAGAUGAUACUGGUGAAACGUCGCCUCUUUAAGAACCGUCUCAUUACUGUCAACUUUCUCGUCAAUGAUCUCCACUUUUAUCUGGAGAUUGACAAGUUUUUCAAGCUGGCUGAUGCAGCUAAAGCUAUCGCAGACUGCAGCAAGCAGCAAAACCAGGCAGUUGCCUUUCUCAAAAACAAAGUCACCAUCAUCAGCAAUGUUUUCCUGGACUCUGAUAUUCCGCCUAAACUGCGGGUGAACAUUUCUGAAGCACAGAAAGAAUUAAUCUGGAGUUUAUCUUCCAAGGAGAUACUGGACCGCAACCUGUACUACGGGGCUACAGUUGUCAUCUUCCCCAUCCUGAUGCACUUCUGGAAAAGGUACCUAUCUCACUUGGUAGACCGGCAGAGGUUGUGGGGAUGCCAGCUUCUCUAUCUGGCAGCAUAUUCGGGCACAAUGUAG